CUCCGGGGAGACAAGAUCAGGGCUGAGCAGCAAUGAGGGAAGAGCCUUUAGGGCAGCUAAGACUAAGGAGGAGCCAGGUUGGGUGCUACCUUGCUGGAUAUUUCUGAGAGCAGGAGGGGUGAGCGUGGCCGGAGCUGACGCACACAUCACUCCCCCACCCAGCACAGCCCGGCAUUAACAUCCUGACAUGUUACAGGGGGGCCCAUCCUCUGUUGGCCUAAAGCAGUGAAACUCACUGGCCCACCGGAGAUACCCUGAGAUUAACUCAGGGCCAGGAGGAAGUGGGAUGAAGCUCAGGAAUUGUUCUUCCGAAAGGUUCUACUCCAAUUGCCCUUAGACCCCUACCACUUCAGCCAAUGUGAAGCCAGUUCCACUGAACUCACUCCUCUCCAUGUCCACAAUAUGCAGCACGGAGAUGAUUCUAAAAGCCAUUUGGUAGCUCCAGAGCAGCUCGUGGAUGAGAAUGGGAUCCAAUUUCAUAUCCACCAGGCAAAUGGCAUCAGGAUCUGUGACUGCUUCCUGCUUGGCCUCUGCAAAGAAGGGGAGAGAUGCCAGCUUCAUCACACACGCUACCCUUACCACUGGCAGGUGAUGCGGAAGAAGAAAGGAGUGUGGCAGAGCGUGACUGAAUCAGCUCAGCAGCACCUGGAGAAACUUUACAGCAAUGUAAAUGACUCACUAGUUACACUGGUGGAAAAGGAUGGUUCAAAAGGCAAAGUCAACUUAAAUGCGAUGGAACUGUACUCCUUUGGUCCUUACGGCAAAAUACGGCGACUCUCCAACACCCAUGAUCCACAGCAUAACCCACAUCUCCACACAGAGUGGCACAUGUAUUGGCUUGAUGAAACCAAUUGGAAGGAAUAUGAGGAGCCAAUUUCCCAAGAAAUCAUUAAUGCCUUUGAGAGUGGCUUACAGAGCUACAACUUCAGUCACGAAGGGCAACAGUACUCUCUGGAUUUGAAGAACCUUAUACAAACUAACUCAACAACAGAACAAAAGUCAUCCAUUCAGCGCCGUCCUGCCUACCACACACCUAUCGACAUGGUACCACAUCUGCGGACACUCCCAAAUGGUUGUAAGGGACAUCUCAAUCCUUAUGCUGCCAACAUCCCUGGGGAGGAUCCCACUGAUGGGUACUCUGGACCAUAUCCUGCAUCAUGGAUCUCAUGCCCCCCAGAAGGACCCAUUUAUGUGCAAUGUGAAAUAGCACCAUCAGAAGCAGUGUACCGCGCAGUUUAUACUCUCUUCCACAAAUCUCUCUCAGAGGAUACAUUUCUGGUGUUAGGAAUUUACAGGAUCAGGCAGGAGUAUCUUUGGCAAAAAUACAGCAGUCAGAAGGAAAUAAUGUCCCGAGGACUCUCAACAGAAGAGAAAAAACAGCUAGAACGGCAUCUCUUCCAUGGCACCUCAGCAGACAGCAAGAACUCCAUCUGUCAGAUGGGCUUUGACCCUCGUCUCUCAGGACAGCAUCUUGCUGCCUUUGGCAAAGGCAGCUAUUUUGCCAAGAAUGCCCAGUACUCAAAUGGAUUUUGUACAGCAUGCAAGGCUGGGCUGCGCUAUAUGUUUCUGGCAAAGGUCCUGGUGGGAAAGUCUGCUGUAGGGAAUGCUAGUUACUGUCAACCCCCAACAAUAAGGUCUAAUGGCCCACCCUUUGAUUCAUGUGUUGAUUCCACUUCCAGUAUCUACGUGAUCUUUAACAGUAGCCAGUCCUACCCAUAUUUCCUGAUCCGCUACAAGCUGUUUUCCGACCCUGUUGCAAUAGAUGGUUCAUAAUUAGAGCUGGCCAAAAAAUUUUGUUCACAACUUUUUUUUUCCCCACUGAAAAAUGCAGAUUCAGGUCAACUGAAACAAUUUGCAAAUUCAGGUCAGUUUCAGUGAAUUGUUUCAGUCACGAAAACAUCAGAACAGUUCAUUUCUGGAAUGAAACAUUUCAACUUUUCUUUUUUGGAAAGAUGUUUCAUUUCAGGUUUUCCCUCAAUGGUAUUUAAAAACAGUUCAAACCCCUCAAAAACAAAAUGAAACAUUGACAUUUUGGUUCAUAGAAACAUUUCGUUUCAGGUUGACCCAAAAAUUCUCUCCCCCCCCCAUUUUUUUGGUUUGGCCACUGAAUCAAAAAAUCAGUUAUUUAUACCGUUCUAUUCAUAAAGAAUUUGAUACAAAGAAUAACCCUCAUGGUGGCUUUGCUGAUCAGAACAACCACCCCAGUGGUGUAGAGGUCUGUUUUGUGUCCUCCACACUCUUCCCAUUAAAGCAUACUCCUUCUAAAAUGUUCAGUAAAACAUCCCAGGGGCAUACGCAGCAAGGGUUUGCUACUGGUGCAUGUGACCUUUCCAAUAUACAUUAUCAGAAAGUCUCCCUUUGUUCCUCUUAGAAACCUGACAGUCUACUCCACCCCUUUCCACCCUGACUUCCACUUCAUUGUUGGUAUCUCUUUGGGUAUGUCUACACAACAGCUGUUUAAAAUAACAGUUUAAUUCCCAGCUCAGGUAUAGAUACAUGAGCUAGCACACUAAAAACAGCAGCAUAGUUGCCGUGGCACAGGUGGCAGCUUGGCCUAGCCACUCGAGUACACGCCCAGGAGGUUGGAUGGGAUUGUAUUUGGACAGCUAGCCCAAGCCGCUGCCUGUGUCACCAUGCCACGCUGUUAGUUUUAGGCACUAGUUCAAGCAGAGCUAGCCCAUGUAUGUCUACCCACACUGAGAAUCACACCUCCCAGCUGCUGUGUAGACAUACCCUUUCUGUGUUAGCUACAUUCAGAUGAGAACACCUGCACAGGACCCACCACCAGAAGCCAUUCAAAUGGUGUUUUAUUCACAGGCCAGAAGAAGGAACCCUUCCCUCCUGGAUUUCUUGUGGGUUUUAAAGAAUAUAUUUUCCCCAAUAAUUGCAACAUAGAAAAGUUCCGGCUUAUAAAAUACAAUUCUCCUUCCCUCCCACACAUGCUCCAAAAUAUCCCCCUGCCCUGCUCUUUACUGAACACAGUUACACAUUGUCAUUUUGCUUGCUAAGGUCUCCUGUUUCAGUGGUUGUUUUAAAAAUACUGCUACUCUGGUAUUUAGAACUAUUUGCAUUUUUUUAGCUUUUAAAACAAGUAGAUGUGUGAUAUUUAUUUAAGGAAUUGUGUGAGAGAGAGUGAGAAAGAGAAAGAGAGACGGUGUGAGGACAAAUACAAGAGAUUAUGUAGGAGUGGAUGUUAAGUGAUUUCCUGUAUCUGGUGGAUCAUAUGGAGAGCACAGGCUGGAUCUUUGGCUUUUUCCCAGCAGCCGUAGGAACAGGCAGGUCAUGACUAGCUCUAGCCAAGUGCUCCCUCUCACAAUUUCUGGAACUUUCCCUUGUGCUAGUUCCCUCUACCUGAGCCACAAAACCUCUUGCAAACAGCCGGAGCCUGGCUGUUAGGAACUGGCCAGUGUCCUGUGGGUUACUCUACUCAUUUUUAAAGCACUAUCUCUAAUUGUAAAAAUUGUUCAUUGAUACUGUGUAUUGUUAGUUUAAACAUGAUCAUAUGUUAUACUGGUUUCUGGUAUUUAAAGAUAGCUUUCAAAAUAGUACUAGUUUGAUGCUUAGAAUUGUGGGUGACAAUUUAAACAUAAAAACAUAUUUUAAACAGAUAAAAACAGUUUGAUCUGAUGAAAACAAAGCAUGCCUUCCACUCAUCACCAGACUGGCGGUAGCUCUGGGGAUUAGCUCGAGGCCGAUGCACCCGUCCAUGGUCUGCACACCAUCCCUCCAUCUCUGCAUCUGCUUGAAGCCCCUCUCGCAGCUUCAGGAACUGCAGUGCCCUCUUCGUGACUCAGCCCUCCAGCUGUGCCAUCAUCUGUAUUUCCCCCUUCCAGGGAUUAGUGUCACAGUCCAAUAAUAAUGCCACUUCCCUGUUGCAAGUGGCAGGGACCCAGGCCUGCCCACCACUCCGGGUUCCAGCCCAGGGAAUCUGUGGGAUAGCAGCCUCCUGCUGAGCCUCUAGAUCCUCUCAACGUUGCUACGAUCCCCUGGGCUACUUCCCCAUGGCCCCAGCACCUUCUUCACCCUUGCCUCAGGGCACUCAGCUGCUCAACCCCUGCAGCUCACCAGGAGCUCCCCCAAGUCCCUGCCACCAACUGCUCUGUCCAAGGUGCUUCCUAUUCUCUCAGCCUCUCAGGAACACAGUGUCCACUCCCUGAGCACCCAGGAACCACUGACCUCAACUCUGACCUACAGCUCCUUUUAUGUAAGCCUGCUGGGCCUUGACUGGCUGCUCCUUGCAGCUUCUCUCCUAUUGGCUGCACCCCAGGCAGCCUCUCUAGGCCACUCAAAGGACUCAUCUCAACUGCUGCCUGUUGAGGUUAACCAUUUUUAUUCCUUUGUUGGACAGAUGCCCCAUCACAGGCUGGAAGAGAAAGUCUCCUGCAGCCAACAAGGGAGAUAUUAUU